AGGGCUGAGGGUGGGGGAUGGGGGUGUGUGCUGAUGUCCAUUUCUUACUCAGCCGAGUCAAAUCCGGAGGGAACUGACCUCGGCUGCUUUUGUGACUCACCUCUGUCAGCGUCCUGACCGCCAGAGGUAGAAGUAUGUGAUCACAGGGGGUGCAGGACAUUUACAAAACGAAGCCUUAAUAGUUGAUUACAUAAUGUCUGCUCUGUUGUCUUAUGUCAUUACAUCUUCAUUACCAGCUGUUGGAUGUUUGGAUUGAGUUGAUUUAGAUGGAAAGUUUGGUUUGAAAGUGAGUUCAAAGGCUUUCAUAAUCCUGGAUCUGUUUGUAUAGUCUGUUUUAAGUUUUUUAUUUGAGAGCCUGAAACCCACUUUCACUGCACAACUCAUUCUCCCCCUCUCAAUCAGCCGUAUACUGAGGAUAAACUAGUAAUACCUGAUGCAGAUGUUUUUAUUUAUUUAUUUAUUUAUUUUUGUCAGACUGACUUUUGAUUCCUAUCACAGCUUUCUCUCUAUCAGACCUCAUGUGAACAUCAUUUGGGGACCUUCACUAUAAAACAAGUUCAAACUGGAUUAUGACAGAAGACUUCAUCUUUCAAAUGAUCAGAAUACACUGCAAUGUCCUUCAUGAAGAGGCUUCUUUUAAAGUAAGAAGUUAUGAGUCCUCUUAAAUGGAACAAAAAAGAAAAAGAUUUUACCACAUUUUUUCUUUUAUACUUCUGAUAUACUUUGAGCGGCGUACUGUCAGCCUAUUCCACUGUCCUCUUGCACCUUGUUUUAACUGUUGAGUCAGGGCAGGUGAUGUACUUUGCUCUGAUGGGGGGCAGAUGGAGGGAGAGAAAGAGGAGGCUGGCCCUAAGUUUAGCAUUACAACCCCCCCGCCCCUCACUCCAGGCAUGUUAAAUACUAAAACUUGAGCGUUUGUUAGAAAUCUCCAGAGACAGCCUUGGGACGAGAUUAGAGUGAGAAGAUCAGCUGACAGCAAUGAAAGGUGAGUUUUAAACUAAUGAAUUUUUCAUCACAAUUUUACAAAGUAAGAGUUAAUGCUUGUAUUUUUUGUUCAAUGUGAAAAUAAGGAUUACAUUUGCACUUAACUGACAGCUCAUGAUGUAAACAAAGCGAGUCUUUUUAAGGCAGAUUGAACAUGCAUGAUCUUCUAUUUCUAUAUUUUAAUCCAACCAGAUUGUAUGCAUGCAUGGAAAACAACAUAAUUGCACUAAUUCUAACAGAAACUAACCUCAACCGGCUUCUGUAACCUGCCUCUUCUCCCUUUUUUCUUUGCAGGGGACACUGCCAAAGCAGGCAUCCACAAUGGCACCGGAGCAGCCAAGGAUUUGCUACCUACUGCAGAGGAGAAGAUGGAGGAGCGGGGCGAGUGGAGCAAUAAAAUAGAGUUCAUUCUGUCAGUAGCAGGCUCCAUCAUCGGGCUGGGCAACAUGUGGCGCUUUCCUUACCUCUGUUACAAGAAUGGAGGAGGUGAGUGAUGGAUGAGCAGGGAUGACAGCAGAAUCUCAAUCCUCAAAACACAGGCUUACAUGAGCCAUUCUUAUAAAUCACUGCUCAGCUGGCCUAAAAGAAUUUAUCCCUAUUUGAGUGCUCUUACAAAUUCAACAAUGCAAUUAUUUUUCACUCUACCGAGGAGACUCUGAACAUCAGAGUGUUUGUCAAUUUACUGAAGACAAAAUGAAAGGGUUAAAAGAAUAAAUACAGAGAGCUUCAAUUUCCCUGAAAUCAGACCCUGGAGCAUGAUUUUCCAUUUUUGUUUUCGGGCAUACUUGUGUUGCUGCUAAAUUGGACGCCCCCUCUUCCUCCCUCCAUGGGGCAGCAGGGUCAGGGUUCGGGGCUGAGCAGGGUCAGGCAGCUGUUGUUGCUUCUCGCUCACAGCAGCUGUCCCGGCAGUGAGGCGGAAAUCUGACUGUGUCAAACAUCCUCGGCCACCCGACGGGAUGACAGCAUAGAACGCUGAAAGAGAGUGACAGUGGCUGGGGCUGGGGUCAAAAGGUCCAAAACUUUAAAAUGGACAUCCAAGGAACUGCUUUAUAUACCUUUCUUCACAGCGCAGUAUAAUCCUGUUCAUGUCAUUCAACAGGUUUUGAUUUCCUUCGACACAGUCUGUGAAAUUAAGUUUGUCAAAGUAUCCACCCAGCACCAUUAUUCCUUUUGAUAUGAUUUACUAUCUAAGUUAUUUUCAGUGACAAGAAAACAAGCCUGUAAUAUAUCACUGAUAAUAAAAGUUAGAUUGAUCGAAGAAAGAAGACGAGGUGUCAGUGAGAGAGGCAUCAUUUUGUAAUUUCAGUUUAAUUUGAUGCCCAAACUCUGACCUUCAAACCAAAGUUGACCUAUUUGGUUGAGUUUGUCUUCUUCUUCUUCAACAUAGAGAUGGCUUAACAUGAGCUGUGUGACUGUUACUUCUUUCUUGAGCUGCUGUCCUUCUUUGUUUUUACAGUCAGUUUUCAGCUCAUCACUUUUCUCUAAAUGUUCAUAUUUUCCUCAAAGUCCAAAGACAUGUCAGUCUUGGAUCAGCUGCAAGAACUUUAACAUAACUUCAAUGUAAGAUUCCUAUUCCUCACAUAUUUAUAAACAUAGACAGUUUACUACCCUGACAAAAAAAAAAAAAUUAUCAAGUUAAUGUCAAAUUUCUAGUUAAGAAAAUAUCACAUUACACUUUAGCUAAGGUGCAAUCACUCACAAGACAAUAAUGAGCAACAUCACCCCACUUUCAGCUAUUUUCAGUCUUUACAAACAAUUCAAGCCCCAUGUCCUUUGUAUGAAAGAAGAUCUUUUGUGGGAACCUUCAGGUGAAGGUGGCUCAUAAGAAAUGUCAGGAGAUAUUUUUGACAAACACACUUUCUUAGAAUCUUUUUUUUUUCAGCUCUAACACUGUAUCCAUUUCUUUUCUUUCGCUCAGGUGCGUUUCUUAUCCCCUACCUGAUCUUCCUGUUCACCUGCGGUGUCCCUGUCUUUUUCCUGGAGACUGCGCUGGGACAGUACACCAGUGAAGGAGGCAUUACCUGCUGGAGGAAGAUCAGCCCCUUGUUUGAAGGUGGGUAGGAAUGAUCUUGUAUUAGAUGAGGUCCCCUUUGUCAGAAUGACAAUAAUGUUAUAUCUGAAAAAGGCAGUGGAUUCGUGGUAUAAAAAUAUGAUCAUGAAAGAAACAUUGGUAAUGGAUGCAACGGAUUCUUAAACCAAAAAUGUUCAUGUUGAAAAUAUUCACAUAUCAGAAGUGUUGAUUAUUUUUAUCUUUUGAUCAUAAUUGACAUGCAGUCUUAUUUGCUGUCUCAAGGUCUUGGCUAUGGCACCCAGGUGAUAGUGACUCUUCUGAACUUCUACUACAUCAUCGUUCUUGCCUGGGGGAUUUUCUAUCUGUCCUUUUCUUUCUCCUGGGACCUGCCAUGGUCAUCUUGCAACAACACCUGGAACACAGGUAGAAAAAGGGAUUUAGCAUAUACCAGACUUUCCCCAUAAUGUCUGUAACACCUCGUUGAAAUUCUAAUUUGUAUAAUUCUUCCUGCAGAAAACUGUGUGGAGUUUCAGAGGAGAAACUCAUCAGCCAACCAAACAAUCGACCCAAAUAUCACCUCUCCUGUUAUGGAGUUUUGGGAGUGAGUCUUUCCAACCCUCCGACCUCCUCUUUUUCAUACAUAACCAGGAUCAAAAUGACCUUAUGAUUUAUUUCUGUGUUGAUUUUAUGUCUCUGUAGGAGGAGAGCGCUGAGGAUUUCCCCAGGCAUUGACCACAUGGGCUCUCUGAACUGGGACCUCGCUCUGUGCCUGUUCAUUGCCUGGGUCAUGUGCUACUUCUGCAUCUGGAAGGGGACAAAGUCCACAGGAAAGGUGGGUGAGGGAGACCUCCAUAAAGAUACCAGGUCACCCUGUUUUUCUCUGUUUAUUUUGUUUGACCAUAUAGGAUGACAUCUGGUAUUUAUUUCUUCUCUUGUCUGUGUGUUUAACAUCUGUGUGUGUGUGUCUACAUAGGUGGUCUACUUCACAGCGACCUUCCCCUAUAUAAUGCUGAUUGUGCUGUUGAUCAGAGGGCUCACCCUGCCUGGUGCUACAAUCGGGAUCAAGUUCUACCUUUACCCAGACUUGGGACGACUGGCAGACCCUCAGGUACCAAAACACCAUAUUAGCCCAUAAAUAUUGAAGCAAAAAUGACUUUUAAAGCAAUUUAACCCAACUCGUGAGGGCCUUUGGAGAUUUUGAGUUGUAGUCCCGUGGGCAAGGGCACACCAGGUGCAGGCAUCCUAUGGUUUUCUGCUGGGGAGUCUAGUUUCUGCUGGGUCCAUCUGCUCUCCAUUAAAGAGACAGGGACUGCAGGGUUCAUCUGCAGGGCCAGAACACCACUGGGACUGCAAACACAAGCUCUACCAGAACCCAGCCACAGACAGUCAACCAAACUGUCCUUUUUGCAAUAUUCAUUAUUUUAUCAUCUUGGUCAAGUUUAGUCUUUUUCUAGUUCGCUUUAUAAUUAACCCAAACAAAUAAGAGUAAACACAAACACAAAAUUCAGUGUACUUUUUCAUCUAAAACAGGGCUUGUCACAUGCUCUCAAUUAUUUCCAUACAAGAGUUGGGUAUUUGCAGACUCUUUAACCUUUUCGCUUGUGACCAGUCUCUGUCUUUUUUUGGCAUGUCACUAUCAUUUAUCCGGCUGUGGAAUCGGUCACAGAUCCUGCACUCACACUAUUUUGGAAGUUUGGUUUGUAAAUUAGUGUUUGGAAAAUGUGUAAUGAUCAACUUUUUACAGUAAACUAUUGUGCAACUGCAUAAGUCACUGAUUAUGCAAACUAAUUUCCCAGCAUGUGAAUUCCUCUCAUUUGUAUAAACACAGUAUGGUAUUUGUGUUCUCAGUGAGCGUGCAUCCUGUGAUGGCUACAUAGAAAGGAGAAUCACCUUUUCUGAUAAGGUGCUCAGACUCUAAUGAAAAAUAAAACUUGACGCCUAUCUCUAUAACGCAUUAUAAAUAUAUGUAUAAUGCAUUAUAACCACAUUAUAGCACUGUUAUAAACACUCCUAAAUGAUCAUAAUGCUUUAUAGCAAUAAUCAUCACACAUUAUAAAGCAUUUUAUCAUGACUGACAAGGUCAGGUAUUAUAAUGUGUUAUGCUUAUUGUUAUAAAGCCUUAUGAUAAUUAAUGAGUGUUUAUAAUGAUAAUUAUACCAGUUUAUAAGCAAAUUAUAACAUUAUAAAUAUAUAUAUAAUGCAUUAUCUAUGUGGGCAAUAUCAGUGACUUGUUAACAGUUAUAACACAUUAUAAUACAUGACCUUGUAAGUCAUGAUAACAUGCUUUAUAAUGUGUUAUGAUUAUUGCUGUAAAGCAUUAUGAUCAUUUAUGAGUGUUUAUAACUACACUUAUACAGUGCUAUAACCUAAUUAUAACACACUACACAUGUAUUUAUAAUGCGUUAUAGAGAUACGCGUCAAGUAAAGUGUUACUGACUGAAGUGGCACCUGAUCCAUCCUCAUUAAAUUAUAUAACCUACCACACAGUCCUCGAUGUCCCCAAACAUGAAGAUGAGUAGGAAUGGAUGGACAGUAAAGGCCAAUACAUCACUGGGGUCAUCAAGCUGGCACUUCCUUUCACUAGUGUAGUCAAGUUAGGCACAUGACACCUCUGUGAGGCUUAACAGUUAGCUUCAGCAUCUCAAGACCACCCCUCUCCAUGUCAGCCCUCACCUCCCACCAUAUUCACACAGCAGAAUAAAAACGAAAGAGGAAGAAAAAGAGAGUAUGAAGAGAGAUCUCAGGAAAAGGGGGAACAGUAGGAUGCUCCAUCUCCCACUCUCUUCCACUUUGAUGAGGGAAAACAUAGAGAUGAAAUAAAAAGAGGAGAUUUUAGAGAGAUACUAGAAAGAGGACAAGGAGAAAAGGACAAUUAGACUGUUUGGGCUUCUUACCACUGUUCACUCUACCUUCCCUAACUCUUUCAGUUUGUGAAGAGAGAACAGCAGAAGACAAAAUAACUUCAGUUUCAGUUGCUUAUCAUUUUAUUUUUUUCUUCUUUUACACAAGGUGUGGAUGGAUGCCGGUACCCAGAUCUUCUUCUCCUACGCUAUCUGUUUAGGGUCACUAACUGCUCUGGGAAGCUACAACAGAUACAACAAUAACUGCUACAGGUCUGCAAGUAACCUACAUGCUAGUUGUUGACAUGCUUCAAUCACCUGUGUGAAUUUGAUCUUUAAUGGUUUAUGAUCUCUCAGUAAACUUCCUCUGCAUGCUUUCUGUUGCAGGGAUUGCUUGUCUCUCUGUUGUCUGAACAGCGGCACCAGUUUUGUGGCAGGCUUUGCGAUCUUCUCCAUCUUAGGUUUUAUGUCCUAUGAGCAGAAUGUUCCCAUCUCAGAGGUUGCAGAAUCAGGUGAGACCUUUUUUAAUUCAUCCAAGGAUAGCAGAUAUAAAAAAGGAAAAUCCUAAUAAUAUGUCAUGUACAUCCUCUCAGUGACCACUUUACAUUGUAUUACUGUUUGCCAUAGGUCCUGGCCUGGCGUUUAUAGCGUACCCCCGUGCUGUAUCCAUGAUGCCUUUUUCUCCUCUGUGGGCCGCCUUAUUCUUCAUCAUGAUUGUUUUUCUCGGGCUGGACAGCCAAGUAGGUCCUUCAUCACUUCAGUAUAAUCAACACACACACAGUUUUUCACAAAGCCAUUGUUUGCUGAAGAAAGAUAUGUUUUGAGGAUAAAUACAUAACUUAAAGAUAACUUCAACUGGGUUCCACAGGACUUUUGUUUGUGAUAGCUAUGAGUUCACCGCUCUCCCCCUCAUAUCUCUGCUCUUGUCUUUUGUUCCUGCCAGUUUGUGUGUGUUGAGAGCCUUGUGACUGCAAUCGUUGACAUGUAUCCUGCUGUGUUCCGGCGUAAGAACCGUAGAGAGCUCUUCCUGUUAGGUGUUAGUCUCAUGUCCUUCUUCGUGGGCCUCAUCAUGCUGAUGGAGGUAGGGGUCUUCCUACAGGACCAUACACACACUAACGAUUGCAAACUGCACAAACACAGCAUGCACUCGCACAGACAGCCUAUGAGCAACUUUACUGCAUUCCUAGGAAAACUGUAUUUAAUAUUGAGUACCUUAAAUUUGACUACUGUAGGUGUCUCUCCCUCAUUAUAGAACUCCUAACAUAAUAAUAAGCUAAAUGCAAAAAGAAUCUAGAGAAAUAAGGACAAACAGGUUUUUAUUUGGAGCAUUACUCCCAGUAGAUUUGAUGUUUUGCUCUACUUAGAUACAAUAUCAUGGUCCAACAUAGUUGACAGGGUUUCACCUCUGCACAGCUGAAAACAUGAACGCUCUGCAGAGGUGUCAACAAGUCAUCAUUUUGUAAGUUCAGGCAACUCAAUGCAAAUGCAACCCUCUCAAUGUAAAGUCCCACCUGGAAUUGCUUGUGCCUGACUUUGUACUUAAAGUUUUUUUUUUAUAAAUUAUAGAUUAUAACCUAAUCAAUCCAUUAUUCCUAAAUACCAGAAUAUGGUAUGUCACAGAGAUUAGAAGGCCCAUCAUAUUAAAACUGACAUGUGGAUAUCUGCAAUUUAGACGUUUAUUUACACCACUUGCAUUCAACUAUUCUUUCCAAGGCUUUAAAGUCACACACACCAAAUCUUGUUCAAUACAUCUAGAUUUGAAAAUAUUUAACAAGAAAUAAGUCAUUCUUUGUGUUUCUGUCUUUGGUGUGUGUGCCUGGUAAAAAUUUAGCAAACUCAGUUUAAAUUGAAUGUCUUUUCAGCUUAAUUAACCAUCCAGUUCAUUGUGUGGACAAAGAGUUAUGAUAUGGUAAGUGAAUUAUCUUUCUGUGUAAUUAUAACUCAGCGCUUUUCUCUUUUCCUUUCUUUGCAGGGGGGCAUGUAUGUCUUCCAGCUGUUUGAUUACUAUGCAGCCAGUGGCAUGUGCCUCCUGUUCAUGGCCAUCUUUGAGACUGUCUGCAUUGCCUGGGUCUAUGGUAAGAUAUCCUGAAACAAGAGAAACUUUUAUGCACGAAAGUUUUUAGAGAAAUGUUGUCCCAUGAUUUAUUUUAAAAGCAGAUUUUAUCCUAAUCUUGGAAAGACAUUCCCAUUCCUGCAGCCAAAUUUUUGAGACACAGCAUAGAGAAAAAUAUAAUUUGUGUGUCCCUCCAGGUGCAGAUCGCUUUUAUGACAACAUUGAGGACAUGAUUGGCUACCGCCCAGGACCCUACAUCAAGUACUGUUGGUUGUUCCUCACACCAGCCACAUGCAUUGUGAGUAACAGUCUAAUUAAAAAGUAUGAGGCUUUCUGACCAUGAUAACAGCCGAGCAGAUUUAUUCUUCACAGAAAAUAAUAGUUGUAUCCUCCUCAUGUCUCCAGGGCACAUUUGCCUUCUCCCUCAUCAAAUACACUCCUCUGAAAUACAACAACGAGUAUGUGUACCCAUGGUGGGGCUAUGCUAUUGGCUGGAUGCUUGCUCUCUCCUCCAUGAUCUGCAUCCCACUCUGGAUGCUGUUCAAGCUCAGCACCACUGAGGGGACAUUCAGGGAGGUAAAUGAUGAUCCUUAAAGCUGGCUUGAGUUCUAACAUUUUGGAUUUGUGUGUCAAUUCUGGUCCCAAAGUAAACUGUUUUGUGUCUGGUCCAGUUUCGACUUGAGCACAUCCUGUUAGGUAAUAAAAUCAAAAGUGUUUGUAAAGACUAAAGCCACUGCUCUCUUUCUACAGCGCAUCCAACUGCUCACCACACCCUCUGACAGCUUACCCAAAACCAAGAGGGAGCAAGAAAGGUCAUUGGCCAUCUUUGCUCCUGAAGGAGAGCCCGUCCUGAAUAAAAAUGGCUACUAUCCCGUCUCAGAGAGAGACUCCAACUUAUGAGGCCCCAGGGAUGAGGUGUAUGAGAGGACUUGGAGUUGUGGUUCCUUCCUUCAAUGAGUUGCUGCACACUUACCCCAUCACAAAGACAACAGGGAAAUAUACAAACGCGUCAUAUCACCUAUUUUAACAUGGCUAUGGGGAACUCAGGACUUCAAAAGUCCACAGUGUGUCUGACUUUGCAGCAUAUACAUUUCAGGGAUGGUAGUUAAGUAAUGAAAGGAGGAUAUAGUUUAAAAAUAACCCUUGUAGUUUGCAUGGUAAAGUUGCAUUUGGUGCAGAUAUAUCAGCUUGACAGCAAAUUGGGCAAUAGAGCAGGUUAACAAUUUAUAUUUUUGUACCAAAACCGUGCUGCAUACAAUAACUUAUGCAGUCUCCUUGUCUUCUGUUGUUACCUAAUGACUGCAUAGUCAUAGCUGUAUCAUAUAUUAUAUCUUCAUAACUAAUUUGAGGAAUUUUCCCUCCUGUCAUUGUCAAGAAUAAAAAAAUAUGUUUUUUUUUCAAUGAACGAUUUGACAUGUAAGUGAAAUCUUUAAUACUGUAGUGCUGCAAAAACCAUAGGAUUAACAAGACAUAUAUUAUAAUUUCAUACAUGCUACUGUAACAAAAUGUGACUGUACAAAGAAAUGUGAAUCUUGUAAAUGUGUUUUUAAAUAAAUGUGCAAAAUUUCA